AUGUCGAAAGCCGCAGCCAAAAGAUCAAAAUCCUCAACGACACCCAAACCCUCGACCAUCUCCCAAAUCCCAACCCCGUUCACAAAAGCACCCACGAUCCUCACCCCCCUCCUCGACCGUCUCGACCCAGCCCAAGUCUACAUAACCCACAUCGAUCGCCUGCCCCCCGACCACAAAAAGCAAAUCUUCCUCAUACCCGUCCUGCUCAACGGCAGCAUCGCACUUCUCCUCCUCUGGCGACUUUACACCGCAAUACCGAUUUACUGGGCUAUUGUGCAGACGUUACUCGGCUACACAAGCAGCGCGACUGUGGAUGUGGUGAAUACGACGAGGAGGGAACAGAUAUGGGUUUUGCUGAGGCGGGUUGGGAUGUUCUUGUUCGAUUUCCUGCUUUUCAGAUUCGUGGGACCGUGGCCCUUGACCUUUUUUGGGGAGAGGCCGGCGAAUCCGGUGGUGUGGAGGUGGAGGUUGGGGUUUCUGCCUGAGGAGGUUGUGGUGAGGGUUUCGAGGGGUUGGGGCGCGGAGGAGUUGAUGAAGGGGGUUAAGCAGGGGGAGGAGAAUGCUUUCUUUAAGACGAGGAUUUUGCCGGCUAUCGAUGGGGUGGUUUUGCGGAGGAAGACGGGGUAUUUGCUUAUGGAUAAGAGUUGGGAUCUCGACUUUGAACUUAUGCUGGACGCCCACGCGCUGCUCAAGCAAGAGGAUAUCAAGGCAGCGAGGGAUUUGGAUAAGUUUGUUUUGGUUUUUAUGGAUGGCGUGGGCUGGAUUGUUUGGCAGUGGGAGACGGAUAUUGAUGUGGUGCAGGAUCGGAGGAAGAAGGUAAUUAUGUUCAAGGAGUUGUUGACGAAGUUGGGCAAGGAGAGUCUUUUCUUCAAGUGGAUGGAGAUUGUAGAGGAGGAAAGAGACACUGAUGGUGGGUUCACUACGGCUGGGCAGCAGAAGGUGGCAGAGAGGGUACAGAGGGAAUUUGAGAAGGAAGGGGUGGAUUUCGAGGAUUUGGCCAAGGGCGUUGGUGGGCUUGAGGAGUUGCCUGUCGAGGGCAAGUAG